AUGGAUUCAGAGGACAGACAAAGCGAGAGCAACGAUGGAGCAAGGAAUGAAAGAGAUGACGACCUUGACGAUAGGAGCGAAGUUGUUCAAGAUGAAAUAACGCCAGACAUCGGCGAUUCUCCACAACCAGGCGCAUCCAGUUUCAGUCCAACAGAAUUUUGUGUCUGCCCUGGAGAAACAACCCUUUUACUUGAUAUAAAUGAAGCCAUCUGCCCCCUUUGUGGGAAACUCAUCGACAAAACUGUAAAAGAAGCUACGACUUCAGCGGCUGAUGAAUCGGGCGCAUCAGCAAAUGGCCAUGUUGACGCAUUAAUUUCAACUCUGGUACAAGGACUAGUCAUUGUUCCACCCGAAGCAUCUCUCGAAGAUGAAAUUUUUGCUUCAACACAAGAAAACUGGAGUGUAGACACAGAUCUUCCAUGUGAGGAGGGACAAGGUGGAAUCAAAAUUCCCGUUGAAAGCAUCUCACACCCAUCAGUCCAAGUGCCAUGUCCACCUCUCCUUCUGAAGUUCUUUGUGCUGAAACAAGAUCAUAUAGAUGUUAAUGAAAUGUUAUUUUCAUUACAUUUCAUCGAAUAUUCAGAACAGGGGAGGGUAACUUCAUCAGUAAGACAGUUGGAGCAACACCUGGGAAUGAGAUUUCAGGUUGUCCCACUUGGCAAGGAACAUUCUACCCAAGCAGAGAGUAAGCAUCUCCACACCAUCAAUGUAGACCAACAAAUUACAGUUACGUUUCAAUUGCUGGGACAAUGUGAAAGAAAAUUCUUACUGCAUGGGGACACUUUUGAGGUACCUUUGAUACGUAUAAAGUCCUUGUGCCAGAACAGAAUUCCUGGUUCUGUAGCUCAAGUUUGCGUGAUGCCUAUUUGUGAACCUGGGGAAGUUUGUCAGGAUCACAUUAAGAUGACAAUCAACACUGGGCAUACUAUUCACAUCAUGUUAAUUCCUAUCUGGGUAAUUAUAACCAUGUUUAUUAAAGUAUAUGUAUGAAUUCACCUCAGCUUUCUCUGCUAUUCUGUCACUACUAGACAAAAUACCUUUGAAACCUUGUAGAGGGGCUGACAAUGACCUUACAAAGUUUUCUAAACUAUCUACUAGGAAGAGGUCACAUAAUUAUAUUACUUUUAAUCCCUUUGUAGGAAUAUUUUGAGAAUAAUCAACGUUUUAAUUAUUGAAUAAAUUAAAACAAAAUUAAGUAUCAAGUAAGGGAAUUAGUAAUUGCUUUUUAAUAAAAUAGAUGGAGUGGACUGAGUAAUUUCACAUGGAACAGAUUGCUCUGUAAUAAUUUUUUCUUCUUUCUUCCUUAGUCUUCAAGGCCAGCUGAUCAAGGAGAGUAAAAAAUGCCUCUGUGCCUGGUGAGUAAACUUAAUGAUUCAGAUUAAAACUCAACUCAAAUUAUUGGAUUAAGACUGCACACAAUACAAUAGUUUUGCUUUGUUUAAAUUUGAGUAAACUGUAACCAAACCCUCUUGUUCAAGCUUUUUCAGCUUAUAUUCAGGUGUAUAGAAUGACAAUGUAAUCAGAUAAUAAGUUAUCUUCCAAAGGACUGAUUAGUCAUCAGUAACAGAGAACUGCAACCCCAUGAUUUCUAGUUUAUCAUAAAAAACAAUAAUGUUGCCAUGAGUUGCAUUUUAGUGAUUUUAAUUUUCUCUGAUUAGCAAGUUCUCACUCUAACACAUUCACUAAGAAUAUCCAGAUGGAAUCUACUUGCUGAAAAAAAAAUUUCUUGAAUGAUAUCCGGAGCAAUAAGA